CUUCACGUCGCAUUAGAGAGUGUAUUGCUGGCGUAAUUUUUAAGGAGGGAAAUUUCACUUAUUUCUUACAUGAUAGAUACACAUUAGAGGCAUCUGUCCAAACUGUGAACAUACUUUUUACACUGAGCAGUUGAACUGUCAUCUGACAUGGGAGUAACAUCCUUGCAACCACUUAAGAGAAUGCACAAAGGGCAUCUAAAUUUGCCUAAAUUUGCCACAAAUUUACUUGUGCAAAGUUUAUUGCACCAAGGCAAGGCCCAGCCUGACCCAGCUCUGCCCAGCUCAGCCUGGCCUGUUUUGGUCAAGCAUAUCUGCUUCCAUGUGAUCUAGUCUAGCCAGGUUUUGUCUCUUGACAGUGUCCCAAUAACAUGGAAUGCACUAGUUCAUCAUAGCACACCAGAUAGUACCUGCCUGCUGCAUAAGCUUGUGAUCAGGAUGGAGCAGUAUGUUGGAGCAACAAUAAGCCUGGAUUGUGGUGCAGCUUUGGGACAAUAUCAAGGUGUUGUGUCUGCAAUAAAUAAUGAAGAUCAGACCUUGACUAUCACCAAGCCAUUUAGAAAUGGAGUGCCCUGCACAAUGCAAGAUCUGACCUUUAGUGUCCAAGAUGUAAGAAAACUGGAGAUCAUCAACUUGAUUCCUGAUCCUAAAGUUGUUCAAAAGUCAAGUGUGCCCCUCAUCCAAAAGAAGUCAAGGAAUAUUGGCGAGCAGAUGAAGUCUCAGCUUACUGGCGAAGCUCGAAGCUCACCAAGAAAAGCUUUCCAAGCGCCAAAAAAGACGGAUCGCGAAGCUACUGGUGCGAAUCAUCCCAAAUCGACACGUGCCCGGCAGCAGGCAAAAAAUGAGCAGUGCUUUUCGACCCCGACUGACAACUUUAAAAAUGAAGAAUUUGACUUCGAAAAAAACUUAGCUCUCUUCGACAAGCAGGCGGUGUUCGAGGAGAUCGACAGCCAGCAGCCGGACGUGGUGCGACUGGUGGACACGAACCGGCGCCGGCCGGCCGAGCGGGUCGAGGCCAAGUACCGACACGACCAGAACGUCAUCCAGGCGGCGCCAGUCCGCUACAACCGCAUCGUAGUGCCGGAGACGCCAGAGGUCGAGUUCGUGACAGACACGGGCCUGGUGGUGCCAUCUGUGACAGUCCGGGCUCGGGACACGCUGCUGCAGACGGCGCAGCGGCACGGUCUGACAAUGGGCCGCCAGCAGGAGAUGCUGGGCCGCGGCUGCACCGAGAUGGCGCUGCAGCUGGUCGGCAGUCACGCCAGGCUGCUGCCUGAGAACGUGCACCAGGCGCCGCGCGUCGUCUGCCUUUGCGGCCCGCACUCGCAGGGAGCGGCAGGUCUGAACGGCGCCCGCCAGCUGACCGGUCACGGCGUGCGGGUGACCGUGCUGCUGCCGGACGUGGCGCUGACGUGUCGCGCGCUCAGCACCGAGCUGCAGCUCUACAAGCUCACCGGCGGCCGGCUGACGCACAGCGUCGCAGAGCUGCCCGAGACGGUGGACCUGAUCGUCUGCUCUCUGGACGACCACGAGCUGUCGUCGCAGCUGGCCUUCCAGCCGUGGCACCGAGCGGCCGUGGCCUGGGCCAACGGUAGCCGCGCGCCGGUGCUGGCGCUGGACCCGCCACCGGCGCCGCCCGGCCGCGCCCAGCUGCCGGCCAUCGACUGCAAGUUUACACUGGGCGCCGUGCUGCCGCUGGGCUACGCGGCGCAGCAGGGCGCCGUCUAUCUCUGCAACCUGAACGUGCCGACGGAGGUGUUCCGCAGCCAGCGCAUUGAGUACGUGUCGCCGUUCGGACCGCGUAUCGUCAUCCCGCUCCACGCCAGAGACGUGGACUGAUAUCCGGGGAUUACAGACCAGCGACGGGAACAGGGACCAUGACAUGACGACCGCAGACAGACUGGCAGAGACGUGGACUGAUCAGUCGGGGAUUACAAACCGGCGUCGGGGACAGGGACCAUGACAUGACGACCGCAGACAGACUGGCAGAGGCGUGGACUGAUCAGUUGGGGAUUACAAACCGGCGUCGGGGACAGGGACCAUGGUAUGACGACCGCAGACAGACUGGCAGAGACGUGGACUGAUCAACCGGGGAUUACAGACCAGCGACAGAACAGGGACCAUGGCAUGACGACCGCAGACAGACUGGCAGAGACGUGGACUGAUCAGUCGGGGAUUACAGAUCAGCGACGUGGACAGGGACCAUGGCUUGGCAACUACAAACGGGCUGGCAGAGACGUGGACAGAUUAGCCAGGGAUUACAGACCAGCGACCAUGGCAUGGCAACCGCAGACGGACAGAGACGGGGACUGGCGUCGAUGUGGCGGCCACGAGUGAGUGAGAGGUGGACGUGUGGCUGACUUGUGGCCAUUUUCGUGACGUGGGACACACUGCUGAUCGGUCGACAUGGUAGUACAGCUGCCACGGGGUGUGAGGAAGGUUGUGAAUGGGGCUUGUGGACGCGGCGCCGAGGACGUGUCGAGGUUGGUCCUGCUUUUGUCCAGACUGACCACGGAUGUGUUUUUUAUUUCCCGGGUGGAUUGGUGCAGCAGGCACGGAGAACAUCCACGGUCCUCCCGUUGGCGUCAUGUUGACAAAAAAGGGAAUGGGCACCGCCGAGUGUGAGUCAAAGAUUGCAAUGCGUGCGUGAGAUUUCAUACAAGUCAUUUUCGCCGAUGGUGGUGAUUUGCACGUGUGUUGUAUCGCUUACUCCUUGGCACAUGUUUUGUACCCCGCUGCUCAAAUAGGGUACUGUAUGUUUAUUUUUUGUCGCGAUUGCUGACGUUGCCCUGCUGGAUGACUUUGUAUGUCGUUAGUUGUUUGAUAGACUUGGUAUUCUAGCGAUAUUUUGCUGCUUUCGUUCGGCUAAUACA